AUGAUCUCAGAAAGAGAAAGGAGACCUAAUACAUACCUCACUUUUAUACCUUACAUUUUGCUUUGA